AACAAAAUUGAUAUGUGAGAACUGAGAACCUCACUUUUUUCCGUGAAACCAACGUGUUCUGUUCCCUUUUAUCUUUCUUUCUCUCGCUCUAUAUAUUUAUCGCCCAUUCACAACAAAGAUCAUCACUUCAUUCUUGAACUAAUUGGAAUGGAAUUUCACAGCAUUCUUCACUUUCUUGAAAACAAAAGCAUCCUUCUCACUGGUGCCUCUGGCUUUCUUGCAAAGGUUUUCAUAGAGAAGGUAAUGAGGGUUCAACCAAAUGUAAAAAAGUUGCAUCUUCUUUUGAGGGCUGCAGAUUCUACAUCAGCUUUGCAUCGUUUCAACACUGAGGUGAUGGGGAAUGAGUUGUUUAAGGUAGUAAGGGAGAAAUAUGGGGCAAAAUUGAACUCCUUUAUCCAAGAAAAGGUGAUGGUGGUAUCCGGUGAUGUCACGUGUGAUUGCUUGGGAUUAGAAAGCUCCACUUCGAAAAAGCUGUUUGAAGAAGUGAACGUCGUCAUCAACUGUGCUGCAACUACUAAUUUUGAUGAGAGAUAUGAUAUUGCGCUUGAAAUCAAUACAAUUGGAGCUGCCAAUGUUUUGAGUUUUGUGACUAAAUGCAGUCAAUUGAGUGUCUUCCUCCACGUUUCCACCGCAUAUGUAUUUGGAGAGAAGGAUGGACUGAUUUUGGAGACGCCAUUGAAGUUGGGUGACACUUUGAAUGAGACACUUGGACUCAAGAUUGAGACGGAGAAAAUAAUUAUUGAUAAUAAAUUAAAGCAGUUGCACAAUGAUGGAGCUUCGGAGAAAGAAAUUACAUCGACGAUGAAAGAUUUGGGUUGCAAAAGAGCAAGGAAGUAUGGAUGGCCAAAUACAUAUUCAUUCACCAAGGCAAUUGGAGAAAUGUUGUUGGGACAUUUCAAAAAUAACAUUCCUUUAGUAAUAAUUCGCCCUGCUGUUAUCACUAGUACUUUCAAAGAACCCUUUCCCGGUUGGACUGAAGGGGUCAGACACAUUGAUAGCUUCGUGGUGGGAUAUGGAAAGGGCAAAUUGAGUUGCUUUCCAGGCGAUCCUCAAGCUAUAAUGGACUUGAUUCCAGCAGACAUGGUGGUGAAUGCCAUGAUAGCAUCAAUGGCAGCACACGGCGGCGAAGCAGCGCAAACGAUCUACCACGUGGGAUCUUCGAUGUCGAACCCGGUGGUGUAUCAGCGCCUCCAAGAUUGCGGCCUGCGUUUCUUCACGGAGCAGCCGUGGAUUGGCAACGACGGCAAGCCUGUCGUUGUCAGAAGGGGCACACAGUUGCCUACUAAGGUUGCUGUCCGAAGAUACAUGGAACUUCAUUACUUGAUUCCCCUCAAGAUUCUUAGCCUGGUAAAUGCAGCAAGCUGCGGCUACUUUCAAGGGACCUAUCUAGAUCUUUCUAGAAAGGUCGCCUUCUUGAUGCGUUUGGUCCAACUCUUCAGCCCUUAUGUCUUCUUCAAGGGAGUAUUUGAUGAUACGAACACAGAAAAAUUGAGAAGGGCGAUAAAGGAGAGGUGUGGUAGUGAUGAGGAUGAGAUAUUCUACUUUGAUCCAAAAACCAUAAAUUGGGAUGAUUAUUUCCCCAACACACACAUUGCUGGUGUGGUCAAAUAUGCUUUCAGACGCUGAUCGCUAGAUUUUGUUUUUCGUAAAGACUUUAAUAUUAUUGGCGAAUUGUUUGAGCUUUAUUUAAUUAUCUGCCAAUAAUAAUUGGUAGCUAUAUUAUCAGGA